AAUUCAAUCACGUAUCUUUUAUCCACAUUCCAAAACUACUUCACUCAUCAACGCUUCUCAGUUCUCAGUUUCUUCUUCUUCUUCUUUUCUUCUUAAAUCCUUUUGCAAAGAAUUAUCCAAAUCCAAUUGGUUUUCUUUUCUGGGUAUAUUUUGCUUUCAUUUCAAAGAAAGGAAAGGGAACGGAAUUCUAAUUUCUCUGCAAAUUUUUUUGUUCCAAAUUCUAUCUACUGAUUCUGAAACCAAAAUUAUUUGCAUAAUCCAAGAAAUGACGAGUAUUAUAUCAAGUCACCGUUGUAAUCCACCACUUGGAGUUCAGGGCCAUCUCUUCAGAGCAAGAUUUAAUAAGGUUCCUCGUUCUGGAGGAUUCGUUUUCUCUGAUUCUCAAUCUGUUGCCACUAGUUAUCGCCUAACUACCAGGAAAUGUAGGCCUAUCUUCUCUAUUCCAGUGGAUGAUACCCAUGAUCCAGAUGAGUCUGAAAAUGAAGAGAGUGACAAGGAUUUACCCAAAGAUGAAGCUGGAGGGGUUGAUAGUGAAAUGCUAAGAAAAAAUCUUGAAAGAAUUGUCGGUACUGAUGAUUCCGCUUUUAGUGGAAUAGACCUUGCAACUCUUAUUAGGGACAAGUAUGGGAGGUCUUAUGAUGUUCAAUUAAUAAAGAAGGAGUUCAUGGGAAGAAAUCUCCUUGCUUUGAAUGUCAUGUGGAGGUACAUGGAGCAGAGAUCCUUUCCACUAACUGAGGAGGAGUAUCUACUAAGGCUUGAUGAUGUGGCAAACACAUUGAAAUGUUGGGGAGCUGUCUCACACAUUCGAAACAGCUUAGCAAAGUUGAAAGAGCGUCCUCGGAUAGGGAAGGCAGUGAGCAUUUUUAUAGACAUGGAUGAGUCUGGAGGCCGUGCAAAUGAAUGGAUUUACAAGUAGAUUCUACUUUAAUCUACCAGGAUUUUCCCUCUGCCACUUGGUCCAUACUUUGAAGAUGAGAGAAUCAAUCCAUCCAACAGUAAUAGUCUUUGGCUAUUUACGAAAGCUGUCAUUAUGAUUGAUCUGCGUAGUCGUUGGAAAUCUGCUGCUGUAUAGUUAUCUAUUUCCUUCUUGUUUACUCUAUAGAUACCAGUGGCAUGUAAGGCAUCAUAACAGUGUCUGUAAAUUCAAGAACCUUUAUAUUCCUUUCAUAUAAAAUGCAUUACUUUUGUAGAUGCUUGUGGUAUAAAAUUCAACAAAAUUAACAUUACUUUAUAUUCCUUUCAUAUAAAAUGCAUUGCUUUUAUA